AUGCUAAGAUACCCGCAACCUUUGGGAUGUAUGCAUGGUGUAGAGGGGCUCAGUGAUAUGAGAUCACUUCUUUUAAGGGAAACUGUCAUUAAUGAGUCAAGAAACUGCUCAUUUAUGAUAAUUAGCACCAUGGAGCCUCAGGUGUCGAAUGGCCCUACAUCCAAUACGACCAAUGGACCCUCCAGCAACAGUAGAAACUGUCCUUCCCCCAUGCAGACAGGGGCUGCCACAGAUGACAGCAAAACGAACCUCAUAGUCAACUAUUUACCCCAGAAUAUGACACAGGAGGAAUUCAGGAGUCUCUUUGGGAGCAUUGGUGAAAUAGAAUCCUGCAAACUUGUGAGAGACAAAAUUACAGGGCAGAGUUUAGGGUAUGGAUUUGUUAACUAUAUUGAUCCAAAGGAUGCAGAGAAAGCCAUUAACACUUUAAAUGGACUCAGACUCCAGACCAAAACCAUAAAGGUGUCAUACGCCCGUCCAAGUUCAGCAUCAAUCAGAGAUGCUAACUUGUAUGUUAGCGGCCUUCCAAAAACGAUGACCCAGAAAGAACUAGAACAGUUAUUUUCACAAUAUGGGCGCAUCAUCACCUCACGAAUUCUGGUUGAUCAAGUCACAGGUGUCUCUCGAGGUGUGGGAUUUAUCCGUUUCGAUAAGAGAAUAGAAGCAGAAGAAGCCAUAAAGGGACUAAAUGGCCAGAAACCUAGUGGUGCUACAGAACCAAUUACUGUGAAGUUCGCCAAUAACCCCAGCCAGAAGACAAGCCAGGCACUCCUUUCGCAGCUGUACCAGUCUCCCAACAGACGCUACCCUGGACCACUACACCACCAGGCUCAGAGAUUCAGGCUGGACAAUUUGCUUAAUAUGGCCUAUGGCGUAAAGAGGUUUUCCCCGAUCACAAUUGAUGGGAUGACGAGCCUUGUUGGAAUGAAUAUUCCUGGCCACACUGGGACUGGAUGGUGUAUCUUUGUCUACAAUUUGUCUCCCGACUCAGAUGAAAGUGUGCUGUGGCAGCUCUUUGGCCCCUUCGGAGCAGUUAAUAACGUCAAGGUGAUCCGCGAUUUCAACACCAACAAGUGCAAGGGAUUUGGCUUUGUCACUAUGACCAACUAUGACGAAGCUGCCAUGGCAAUUGCCAGCCUUAAUGGAUACCGUUUAGGAGACAGAGUAUUGCAAGUUUCCUUUAAAACCAACAAAACCCACAAAUCCUGA